GCAAGAGCCUCUCAGUGGAUGACCAUCUGGGCCUGGGCUCGGACUAUGGCUCAGGGAUAGCGGCCGAAAGCAAGGCAAGCCGGGGCAGCAAGGGCAAGCUGAAGAGGAAGUUUAGCCUGGGCUCUGCAGACCGGAAGGAAAGUCACCACAAGAAGUCAGAGUCAGGCAUCUCCAAAUUCACUCAUCGUCUCUCACUGAAAGAGCGUCCAGCCAAAGCAGAGAAGGCUUCCCUGGACAGACCUGCAUCCUAUAGGAGACGAUCUCUAAGUCUGGACUGGGCUGACUCUGCCAAGAUGACCCAACCCAUGAGGGGGGACCAGGCCCACCAACCGGCCCCAACCCGCAAGUCGGCCAGCCUCUCCUCUCCCAGUGCUGCACGACGUCUCUAUCGUAAUUUGUCCGGAAAGUUCCGCGUGGGCACAAAUCCACCUGCCCUGGAGGACAGUGUGGUGUCAGGAAGGGGAGGGGACAAGGAGCGUCUGCGCAAGACCACCAUGUUCCAGAGUAAUGAAGCUCUGUUUGAGGCAGUGGAGCACCAGGAGUUGGAUCUGGUACAGAUGCUUCUGUCUCAGUACAGCUUGGAGGAGCUGGACCUCAACACGCCCAACAGUGAGGGCCUCCUGCCCCUAGACAUCGCCAUCAUGACCAACAACGUGCCCAUGGCCAAGCUCCUGCUGCGAGCUGGCGCCAAGGAGAGCCCCCACUUUAUCAGUCUGGAGGGCCGGGCCGUGCAUUUAGCCACCUUGGUGCAGGAGGCUGAGCAGCGGGUGUCGGAGCUUCAGGCCCAGGUUCGAAGCGAAGGUCCUGGUGAGCGGGAGGGACCAGACAGGGAGAGACAGCUCAAGGCCUGGGAGUGGAGGCACCGGCUCUUCCGGCGCAUGCAAACAGGCUUUGAGCAUGCCAACCCUCCAGAUGCUCCCAGCACAGUCCGCCUGUCUGUGAGCAGCAGCACCAGUCUCAGGGUGGACUUCCAGGAGCCUCUCAGUGUCAACUCUGCUGUGGUCACCAAAUACAAAGUGGGCUGGAGCUAUGUUCCCUCCUUCAGUCCUUUGCUGGGUGAGAUGGUGGUGGAGGACACCACUCUGCUGCAGUGUAACAUCACCGGACUCAACUCUGGCACCUAUUAUUACGUCCAGGUGUCAGCCUACAACAUGAAGGGAUGGGGGCCUCCACUAGCCUCCACCCCAGCCUGCGCUUCACCCUCUAGUUGGAGGGAGAUUGAUGGUCGGGCUCCACGUCAGACAGGCCAGAAGGAGGCGCUAGACCAGCUACUGGGACAGAUAAAAGAAGCUCACCGCCACUGCGUCUGCCAUGAACAGUGCAAAGUCCCGCCACAUGGCAGGAAGCACUCGGUGUCCAAAAGUCUGCGCCACCUCUUCCAACCCACCAGCAAAUUUGUCAAGAGCUUGAAAAGAGGCCUCUAUCUGACAUCCAUAUUCUACAGAGAUGACAACGUGUUAGUGACGCCAGAGGACCAGAUCCCCAUUGUGGAGGUUGAGGACUCUUACCCCAGCUCCCUGAUGCAGGACUUCCUCUGGUUCACCAAGGUAUCCUACUUAUGGGAGGAAAUCCCCUGGCUUCAGCAGUGUCUCAACCCCUCCCAGUCCUCCUGUUCUUGCACCCUGCAGACACGUCUCAAGAUGCUGCAGGCUGUCUCCCAUCUACAGGGCAUGUUGGGAACCCAGGACCUUGGUCAGGUGUAUUUUGAGCCAAUCAAAGACAAGCACGGCAACGCCUUGCUGGUGCUCCUAAAAGACAUGAGCGCCUGUCCCAACCUGGACGGGGUGCGCUGGACGCAGCUCUGCAAGCUCCAGCUCCAGCGCAAGUCCAUCUCAUCCCCUGAAGAGCCCACCGCCUUGGACAUGCUUCUCAUCACCCUCCACGAGAAGCUGGCGUACCACCGGCGGAGCAAGAAGGUGCUGUCCCCCGGCUUGUACCUAGGCUACCUGAAGCUGUGUACCUCUGUGGAGCAGAUCAGAGCCCUUGUGCCCCAAAAACUCCCCAACGUCCUCUGUCACACCAAGAUCCGGGACAACAGCAACGUGUCCAGGGAGGAGUGGCAGUGGCUGCAGGCCCUCAGCUCUCUCGAGGAGUCUUUGGAAAUGGACCAAGACGUACAGAGUGCUCCACAUCGCCUCCUACAGGACCUCCGCAGCGCCGCCAAAGAUCUGAUUGCCCACAUCAAUGUCCCUUGCAAUCAGGCCCAAGACUUCCGUAUCUACAGCCAGGAAGUGUUGGAGUUUGGGGAGAAAGUGUCCUUCCUGUUGCUGUUGCCACCCUCAGAUGAAGUGUGCACAGCACCCGGCCAGAAUAACCCCUACUCCCCCCGCUCUGGCUUUCUCACCCUGCCCCUGCAGAUCUUUGAGCUGGUCCACUUCCAUGCCUACUGCCCCAGCUUCAUCGGCCAGUACUGCAGGGUGUCGGCCCUGCUGGAGCUCGAGUCCCUCAUGUCCCAGCAGGCACUGAGAGAGGCCUUCUCUGAGGCCGAGCUCCUCGCCGCCAAGAAGAAACACCAGCAGGUCCAGGAACACAUGCAGCAAAUGGAGGAGGUGUGGCGUGAGGCAAGGUGGAUCAUGGAUGCCCUGCAGUAUGCCCGCUACAAGCAGCCGACGGGGGGCAUCUCCCUGGCAUGGAUCAUUGACUUCUCCAAGGAUGUGAUGCCAGACAAGCCUCCCUCCACCUCCUCCCAGCCAGACUUCAUGCCGUCACCUCUCCCUUCACCCGAACCCUGCCGCAAGCACUCAGAUUUCGCUGGCCUGUCAGAUGAGGAGGGUUCCUCAGAGGUGUUCCUCACCACCGAUAGUGACUAUGACUCCAGCCGUGCCCAGAGCCCCCGUGAGCUGGACCUGCUGCCCCCUUCACCCCUCUCAUCUUCUGGGCCCCUGGAGCCUCGCAGCUUCUUGCACAGUGACGGGAGCGGUUCAGGAGGCGGGAUGUGUAUUGGGGGAGGUGGGAGUGGAGCACUAAGGGACUCCACACCAGACGUCCUCCAGGCUUCAGAGCCGCAGCUCGGCAGGAAGAAUGAGAGAGAAGAGGCAGGCUUUCUGUGUGAGAACCAGUAG